AUGCGAUCCUCUCUCCUUGCCGCACUCGCCGGCGCCCUCGCCGUUAGCGCCCUCAAAGUUCCUGUCCGUAAACUCUCCAGGCCUUACCCCACAAGAAAGCGCGCAUUAUCUUCAAGGGCGGCCGCUGCUGACACCCUCGACCUCUCAACCUACAAUGACAUGCUCUAUAUAGCGAAUGUAACGCUUGGGGGACAAGAAUACCUCGUCCAACUCGAUACUGGGUCUUCCGAUCUUUGGGUGAAGGGUGGCUCGUUCCCCAUAUCGAAUUCUACCACCACUACUCUCGCCCACAACCUGACUUACGGCGCCGGAUGGGCAUACGGCAAUGUUUCAUAUGCCGCCGCAACAUUCGCAGACAUCACCAUACCCGCACAAGCUUUCCUGGACGUCGUAUCGGCCGAGAACGCCGUCCUUGAUUAUGGCACAUCAGGCGUGAUGGGCCUUGGCUUCAAUUCGCUAUCAACAAUCGACGCUGUCGUCAAUGCGUCCGACUCUUCCAAGGGUCGUAGUCUGCUGUACAAUCUCUUCUACGACAACCCUGAAACAGCCAACUUCAUCGCGUUCUCUCUCCAGCGUUCGGCAGACACUGAUGCUGAUAGUGUCGAGGGGACCUUUUCUAUUGGCGAGCUGGAGGAGAAGUACGCAUCUAUCAAUACUACCUCCGGUAUCCCAACAUUCCCGGAAACUGCCCCGAAACGCUGGAAUGUCCUGCUUGACGCCGUACUUGUCGGCGACAACACCGUUGCAGUUUCAAGCUCAGUCGACGGCGCACCUUCCAACAAAGCUGUCGUUCUACUUGAUACUGGCAGUUCUUUUACCUACGCUCCUUCGGCUGUGGUCAACGCGAUCUAUGGUGGAAUCUCUGGCGCGUCCUACUCGGCGAGUGAUGGUCUGUGGAAGGUUCCCUGCUCAGCCGAAGUCGAUAUGGCCCUCCAGUUCAACGGUGUGGUAUUUCCCCUUCAUCCACUGGACGUUGUCAUCAAGAGUGGUACUGGCGUCGACGUCUGCGUGGGUACGUUUAUUCCGCAAGAUACCUCGUCUAUCGGAUCAGGCGUCGUCGAUUGGAUCGCGGGCGAUAACUUCCUUCGCGCUGUCUACUCCGUUUAUGACUUCGGCGACUUUGAUGCCCAGGGAGAGAUGGGCAAUCCCUAUGUCCAGCUUCUCUCCCUCGUCGACCCAGACGAGGCAUCGGCCGAUUUUGCCAAGGAACGCGGCACCACAGCUCGCUCGGGCAUAACAUACAACGCGGCGAAGACGUCUUCAUCCGGGACAACCGUGUCUGUCUCCAGUGACCUCGAAAGUACGCUCGACAAGAUCAACACGUAUCUGCCAGUCGUGCUUGCCAUCAUGGCCUUCAACGCACUGGUACUCCUGAUCAUCCUCAUCGGCGGUGUAGUCUGGUUCAUCCGUCGUCGCAAGUCACAACGCGAGCCAGGCUCACGGCAACGAAAGAACAAGGGGCGCAUGACUCCAAUGCCGCUCGAAUCUUUCGCUGGCCCGAGCGGGAGUAGGAACGAUCCCAUCAGCUACGCGGAGACGAGCUACAUGCGCGACAGCUACAUGGAUCCAUCGAUGCAGUCUCCGCUUAAACCUCACAUGUACCAACCCGUCUCCAUGGCUCUGACCGAGGAUACCUUCGUACCACCAUCACCCGCCUUUGGCAAGGGCGAUCGUCCUAAGUCUAUGGCAUAA